AUGACCCAUUUGUUCUCGUUUCUCUUGUCGGUUAUUAUUGUCACAUAUUAUGUUGCCACAGCAGUCGUAUAUGGCCAACAAACUCACUAUUUUGAGUUUAAUGUUACGCGUGAGAUCAUCGAUCCAGAUUGCUCCGGCUACGCGGGUGGCAAGCUUUUGGUGAAUGGCCAACUACCUGGGCCCACAUUAGCGGUUACGGCAGGCGAUUAUGUCAAGAUAUUAGUGCGCAACUUGCUUCCAGUAAGCGAAGCCGUUCAGUUCCUUGGGCUUGCAGCAAAUGAUGGACAUCACUUGGGCCAAAUAACGAUCCAUUACCACGGGAUACACCAAUACGGCAGUCCAGCUUCAGAUGGCACACCGUUCCUUACUCAGGAUCCAAUCCCGCCUCAACAAAGUUACUUGUACGAAUUCAAAGUGAUUAAUCAGGCGGGAACUUACUUCUACCACGCACAUACUGCGACGUAUUCUGAAUCUGUUUUUGGCCCCUUCAUUAUCUACGAGUCCGUGCAUGCCCGUCCACGGCCUCAAUUUCGAGAUACUGAUAAGGGUGGUGAUGUCGAACAAAAAUUGAUCGCGGGCCCAUAUUACUACGAUGACGAACGUACUAUUAUCCUGAGCGAGUGGUGGCACCGGACCGCCGAAGACCUCAGCGCCUACGUUCUUGGCCCAAAUUACACAGGAAUACCACAAGCACCAAGCAUUCUGCUGAAUGGCCACACGCUCUAUGAUCCAACUCAGCAGCCUGUAGGAUCUGACUGCUCUGGCUAUUCAGUGAUCUCUGUGGAUCCCAAAAAGACCUAUCGAAUCCGUAUCAUUAGCGCAGCAAUAUUCCAAACUCUCGGAUUAGCAUUCGCUCACCAUAAUGUAACAAUCAUCGAAGUAGACGGCACCCUUGUUCAGCCAUACGACGUUCCGUUCUUGGAGCUCUCAACUGCCCAACGGGUUUCAGUAUUACUGCGACCCAUCAAGACAAACUACCAACAACAAGGUGAUUAUGCGAUCAGCACUGUCCGUCGCUGGAUUGAUUUAAAUACAAAUCGAUCUUCCAAUGGACUGGCAGUUUUACGCUAUACGCCUACUACUACUACUACUACUACCACAAUUUCAUCGACAACAUCGCAACUACGCCGUCAAGAACAACAGACAGUAUUUUCAGUACCAGACGAACGAUUCGCGUUUCCUCCAGAAGUAGCAUACUGGCACUGGCCAGGGAUUGCACCUAUUUAUCCAGUACCAGACUUUGUCGACCAUCGAACAGAACCUUCAAGAACCAUCGUUCUCAGAGUAACAACGGGUAUGCUACCAAAUGGCGCAACGCGAUGGUUUGUCAAUGGUGUAUCCUUUACGGAUCCUAAAGAAACCAUCCUGACAACCAUUUUGUCAGCAAGAACUACAGCAACAGCAGCUAGCGAGGGUAAUAACAAGUCACUUUUACCACAUCCCGAUCAAUUGACAGAGAAUGGAUAUUAUUCAUAUCGAGGCACGUAUCCAAUCAAGUAUAUGGAGGUGAUUGAUUUUGUGUUCCAGUUGACACAUCUCCCAAAUCGGCCAUGCACUGGCCAUCCUUGGCAUACACAUGGUCACACCUUUUGGGAGCUUGCGCACGGACCAGGACGAUACAACGGCAGUAAUGCAAACAAUUACUAUAGUGUCCCUCAUCCGUAUGGGCGUGAUGUCUCUUUGGUAUAUCCUCUGGAGGACCCUGCUAUUGAAGAAGAAGCUGCUGCAUCAAGCGAGCCACGAGAAUGUGGAUGGGCAAGAGUCAGAAUACUUGCUGAUAACCCGGGCAUAUGGAAUGUACACUGUCAUAUUGAACCACAUAUGACGGCAGGAAUGAUGAUUGCUUUAGAAGAAGCUCCCGAUCUACUUCAGACGCUAUAUGGCUAA